ACCUUAUCGUCAAUGUUUUGGUACCUAUAAAAGAGGUCCCGUCAGCAUUAUGAAUUAGUUUUUUCUGAUUAAACACAGCAAACACCGGCUUCAAGAUGGCAUACCGACCACGAUCCAUGCAAGAGAGCACCCAAGAAUAUUCAGUGGAGACGACGACAUAUGAAACAUACGAAUAUGAAACCACUUUCUCUGUUUCGGAGACAUCGAAACUAGAUCAUUUCGUUUUACCUCCUAGAACUACGAUCUUAGCAUUGUCUCAGAGCGGAGGAGAUAAGGAAGAAGACAAAAAGUAUGUCGUCACCAAUCACGGAAAAGCUGAUCUUUUUGUUGAGGUAGUACACCUCAAUAACCAAGAUGAUGCUCCACAAUGGUUUGUGGUCCAGCCAGACCAAACCACUGAGAUAGCUAUUGAGGACAGUCUUGAACAAAGCGUGUUGAAAGUGAGCAACAACAGUUACGACCAGGAGGUAUCAUUUUCUGCUGAAGGUGGUCUCGUUAUUGACGACUUGGAAAACAACAUUGAAGAACUUCUAGACUCAGACGAAACAGAAGUUGAAAUAGUCGUUCUGGAAAACUUUUCUUUAAGCCCAAGAACUGCUGUCACUGUUUUGAGUCAAAAUGUUGAAGGAAGCGAUGAACAUCCUGGAAAGUACACUGUAACUAACCUUGGUAAAGCUGCUUUCGAUAUUGAGUUGAAGCGUACUUCACCAGUUCAAACUCUAGAACUCCACCGCAAAACCGUUGAGCCUAAUACAUCUGAGUCUUUUGAACUCACAGCUCAAUUCCAAUCUACCGUUUUGGAAGUUAUCAACACAAGCCACACUGAAGAUGCAGUUUUUAGAGCUGAAGGAGGAGAUGUUAUUGAAGAUCUUGAGGAUUUAGUUAGAAAUAUUGAUGAGCAAAAAGAAACUGUUGUUACUCAUAUUCUAACAACUUUGGAGAGCUUCCAUUUAGUCUCACGUUCGUCCGUCACUGCUUUGAUGUAUGAUCCUAAUGAUGUUACCCUUUCCGAACAUCAUAACUUCACUGUUACCAACAAUGGACAAUCUGAAAUAGAAGUUGAGGUUACAUACACUGACAGCGAUGACCGUUCCAAUGAUCAGUACAGGUUAGUUAAACCAAAUGAAACUGUAGUAAUUGAGCAUAACAAAGACGCUGGAGUAGCUCUAUUAAAUAUAUUGAACAGACAUUACACAGAAGUCGCUAUUAUCACAGCCACCGGUGGAAGAGUAGUUCGAGACAUUGAAAGAAAAAUCAAACAACUAGUAUCUGAUGAACAUUCAGUAAUGCUGGUGAAUAAUUUCCAUCUAGCACCUGCAUCAUCUGUAGUUGUCAUGCAUCAAGUUGGUAGAUAUAGACGAAGACCCAUGUACCCUGCUGGACAUCGCAAACCUCAACAUGUUAUGGUUCGUAGACCUCAAUACCAUCCUGGACGUAGACCAGCAUGUAAACCAGCAGUAGCCCGUCCUUGUAAACCAGCAGGUAGCCCAACAGGCCCAGGACGUCGUCCAUUCCGUCGUCCAGCUUGUAGGCCAAUGAUACGACCAGGCCAUCUUCCUGGUCAAGGUGGACAUCCUGCUCAAGGUGGCCAUCGUCCAGCCCAAGGUGGUCAUCAUCCAGCUCAACAACAGCACCACCCAGCUCAACAACAGCACCAUCCAGCUCAACAACAGCACCAUCAAGGUCAACAACAGCACCAUCAAGCUCAACAACAGCACCACCCAGCUCAACAACAGCACCAUCCAGCUCAACAACAGCACCACCCAGCUCAACAACAGCACCACCCAGCUCAACAACAGCACCAUCCAGCUCAACAACAGCACCAUCAAGGUCAACAACAGCACCAUCCAGCUCAACAAAAUAGACCUCAAGUUGGACAAUGUAGACCAAUGCGCAGACCAAGAGUGGUUAUGCGUCCCGCUAUGCUACGUAAACCCAUUGUUCAUGAUAGAUACACCGUUGUUAAUCAUGGAACUCAUGCUUUUACCGCUCAGAUCGUUCAUGUUAAUGGAAGAAACCAAGAGGUGGUCCGCACUCAAGUCGUCCAACCCAACGAAACCCAAGUGCUUUUACUUGAAGGCAUAAAUGGAUCAUCUUUGAAAAUCGUCAACGAAAACGAGACUGACUACGCUAUCUUCUCAGUUGAAGGAGGUGAAGUAGUUUAUGGAUUCAGAUAUAUGGUAAGACCACUACGUCGCCGUCCUGGUGCAAGAAGAAUGUUCUGGGGAUUUUAAGUAUUUAAGUAAAAUAUAAAUGCUCUGAAUAA